AUGGCGGCCGGGCGCCGGCACCUCCGCGACGCCAUCUCGCUGACCGAGCGGCUGGGCCGCCUCGCCGUCUGGACUCCGUGGUGCGACAAUGCCCUGUGCUGCCGCGUCUGGGCGGCCAAUGCUUUCUUCGUUCAGAGUGUUUUCCCAGCGGAGGUCGUGCAGGGCCGGAUCCUCCAGCGCGUGGGCGCGAUGGAGCUCGCAGAGGCGGUGCUGCAGUGCAGGACUGGUGCCGCAGGCGUUGGCAAG